GCGCACGCAGCUCCGCAAGAUGGUGGUCGGUCACGCAGCGAAGAAAACGUGCCACCACUGCGGCCGUUUUGUAGUCCGUGGCCUGUACACGAUCGACGACCGCAACGAACACUAUGGCAAAAAGCUCUGCAUGGCGUGCAUGGAAAUGCCAAUGUUUAACGAGAUUGGGCACAUGGAGGCCCUUCGCAAGUACAAGCUCAAGCACCACGAACUGCAUUCGCUGCCAGUGCGUCUCGCCCCCGAUGGGUACUACACCUACGACUACGAGCCGCCUAUGAAGAAGAUGUACAACCUCCAGGUUGUCUUGGACCUUGUGGCCCAAUUGCGAUAGACACGUUCGAUGUAAUAGACAAUAUCGUCC